AUGGACCGCAUCAAGGAGAAAAUGAACUCGCUCCGCCUGGAGGCCGACGAGGCGAUCGCCAAGGUCGAGGAGCUUCAGGCCAAGGUCAAGUCGCUCGAGCAGGAGAACCUUGCCAAGGAGCAGGAGAUUACUUCCCUGCAGCACAAGAACGGCCUCCUCGAGGGCGAGGUCGAGAAGCUGGAGACGGCCAUCAAGGACUUCAAGAAGGUGGCCGACGAGGGGCAGGAGCACGGAACCCAGAACGAGACCCUGCAGCGACGACUGCAGCUGCUCGAGGAGGAGGCCGAGGAGGCCGACAAGACCCUGCGCGAGGCCAACGAGAAGCUCCGACAGACUGACGUCAAGGCCGGACACUUUGAACGCAAGGUCCAGGCCCUCGAGAAUGAACGCGACCAGUGGGAGCAGAAGUACGAGGAGAUGGCAAAGAAGCACGCCGACCUGCAGAAGGAGCUGGAGGAGCUCCAGAACGAGAUCGGAAACAUUUAG